CCUGGGACCGGGCCUGGCGCCGGGGCCCGGCUCCGGGAGGGGCGGGGGAGGGAGGAUUCCCGCCCGGAGGAGGAGCGGGGCUGGCCAGCCGGGCGGAGGCACCCGGAAGGGGGCGUUCGACUCCCCGCCCCCUCGGAGCCCGCUGGGCGGGAGGGCGGCGCUUCCGGGGGCUGGUGAGAGGUGCGGGCACCCGGGCGUGCCUGGCACCCCCUUCACCCAGUUGCCUACCCACCUCAGUGCUUCCGGCCUGUGGACAUAGCCUGGGUCUGCUCUGAGGAGGCGGCCCACGCUCCUCGCGCUAGCCCUGUGUUGGGGGACCCUCCUGCAUUCUGACUCGGUACCUACCGGCGAUUCAGGGCCCUCCCGAGUGCAGAGAGGGGCGAGGGAGUGCUUAAAAUGCAGACGGCGCCAACCACAUGGGCACUGCGGGGCCUAGAAGCCAGCCUGGUUCCCGAUAUACCCCAAUGGAGAGAUGGUGUGUCAGGACACGAGGGCACCGCCCCCCCCCCCCAAAGGGCAGAUGACCUCUUGCCUUAGACUGCGACGUGGACAUAAACCUCGUAAUGUUUUCACUUGGGUCCUUGAACACCAGCUAGAUACCCGCAAGCUCUUAGCAGAAUUAUGAGCCGUUUAAGAACUUGCUGACAAAGCUCCCAGCCUGUUAGCUGAUGCUCCGUCGGUGGGACUGCUGAAUCCCAAAAGCCAGGUGCAAACCUAAGGAAUGACAGAAGAAAUAAAACGGAUAUUUACUUUCUUUCUCCACCCUGCCUCCAUCCCAUUGCUGACUUUUGGUUCUCAGCCUCCUACCCGUGCUUCUUGGCUUAUGUUCCCAGUGGCUUUCUAAUUUUAGUUGAAAAGGAACUGUGUCUUCUCUUUGGGCAAUUGAGAAACCUGUCCUCACCGCAUUCCUUGGUUUUGACUCCAGUAUACCGUCAUGUUUAUUUCUUAAUUAACUUGAUCCAGGGGGACUCCAUCUGGCUUUUCUCAGUGCACAUUCUCCCAAAGUUUGUUUCUUCUUGAGGCUACUUCUUGCUCCCUUAUUUGUGGUUUCCUAGAGAAAGGGAGGGAAGAGCUUGUAGAUCUGCUUUAAGCAAGGAAUUGGCUCACAGUCCCCCAUUACGCUGAUUUAAUUGCAGAAAAAAGGGUGAUGACUGUUUCAAGGUAUAUUAGCAUGCACUGUCUACGACUUGGCAUGCUGUACCCCAGAAGGCCUUAAGUAUCACAAUGGAGGGCUAAGCGUUGAGUUGGUAUUUUGGAUAAGAUUUUUAGGGCUAGAAAGUUCAGGGUGUUGGCCAGUUCACAGAGAGGUUGUUGAGGGAACAGUGGUGAAGUCAACACCGUAGAAGUCAUUUUGAUUAAUAACACAAAGAAGCCCGUUGUCUGCAAUAAUGAAUAUAACUGCAGUGUCUUGUUUUGUUUUAAAUUCUUGUGUGCGAUGAAGGGGGCGAAUCUGUCAGACAACCUAUCAGUUGGGCUGAUGAUGUCAAUGUUCCAGUGGCUUCCAACAGGCAUUAAUACCUGUUGGAAAUGGAUUCUCAUUGGCUGGGGCGAUUGCAGGUCCACAGACCAGCAUGGCUGCCACUGCCGCUGUCAGUCCCAGUGACUACCUGCAGCCCGCCGCCUCCACCACCCAGGAUUCCCAGCCAUCUCCUCUAGCCCUGCUUGCUGCAACAUGUAGCAAAAUUGGCCCUCCAGCUGUUGAAGCUGCGGUGACGCCUCCUGCUCCCCCCCAGCCCACGCCACGGAAACUCGUCCCCAUCAAACCUGCCCCUCUCCCCCUCAGUCCUGGCAAGAAUAGCUUUGGAAUCUUGUCCUCCAAAGGAAACAUCCUUCAGAUUCAGGGGUCACAACUGAGUGCAUCCUAUCCUGGGGGGCAGCUGGUGUUUGCCAUCCAGAACCCCACUGUGAUCAACAAAGGGACCCGGUCAAAUGCCAAUAUCCAAUACCAGGCGGUCCCUCAGAUCCAGGCGAGCAAUUCCCAGACCAUCCAGGUACAGCCCAGUCUCACCAACCAGAUCCAGAUCAUCCCCGGCACCAGCCAAGCCAUCAUCACCCCCUCACCGUCCAGUCACAAGCCUGUCCCCAUCAAGCCAGCCCCCGUCCAGAAGUCAAGUACGACUACCACUCCUGUGCAGAGCAGCGCCAAUGUGGUGAAGCUGACAGGUGGGGGCGGCAAUGUGACGCUCACGCUGCCCGUCAACAACCUCGUGAACACCAGUGACUCCGGGGCCACCGCUCAGCUCCUCACGGAGAGCCCCCCCACACCACUGUCUAAGACUAACAAGAAAGCCCGGAAGAAGAGUCUGCCUGCCUCCCAGCCCCCCGUGGCUGUGGCUGAGCAGGUGGAGACGGUGCUGAUCGAGACCACUGCGGACAACAUCAUCCAGGCAGGAAACAACCUGCUCAUUGUUCAGAGCCCUGGUGGGGGCCAGCCAGCCGUGGUCCAGCAGGUCCAGGUGGUGCCCCCCAAGGCCGAGCAGCAGCAGGUGGUGCAGAUCCCCCAGCAGGCCCUGCGGGUGGUGCAGGCGGCAUCUGCCACCCUCCCCACCGUCCCCCAGAAGCCCUCCCAGAACUUUCAGAUCCAGGCGGCUGAGCCGACGCCUACUCAGGUCUACAUCCGUACGCCUUCCGGUGAGGUGCAGACGGUCCUCGUCCAGGACAGCCCCCCAACAACAGCUGCAGCCACCUCUACCACCACCUGUAGCAGCCCUGCGUCCCGUGCUCCCCAUCUGAGUGGGACCAGCAAAAAGCACUCGGCCGCAAUUCUCCGGAAAGAGCGCCCCCUGCCAAAGAUCGCCCCCGCUGGGAGCAUCAUCAGCCUGAACGCAGCCCAGCUGGCAGCAGCGGCCCAGGCCAUGCAGACCAUCAACAUCAACGGUGUCCAGGUCCAGGGCGUGCCUGUCACCAUCACCAAUACCGGAGGGCAGCAGCAGCUGACGGUGCAGAACGUCUCCGGGAACAACCUGACCAUCAGCGGGCUGAGCCCCACGCAGAUCCAGCUACAGAUGGAGCAGGCGCUGGCCGGAGAGGCCCAGCCCGGGGAGAAGCGGCGCCGCAUGGCCUGCACGUGUCCCAACUGCAAGGAUGGGGACAAGAGGUCUGGAGAGCAGGGCAAGAAGAAGCACGUGUGCCACAUCCCCGACUGUGGCAAGACCUUCCGCAAGACGUCCUUGCUGCGGGCUCACGUGCGCCUGCACACCGGCGAGCGGCCCUUUGUCUGCAACUGGUUCUUCUGUGGAAAGAGGUUCACACGGAGCGACGAGCUCCAGCGGCACGCCCGCACCCACACAGGGGACAAACGCUUCGAGUGUGCCCAGUGUCAGAAGCGCUUCAUGAGGAGCGACCAUCUCACCAAGCAUUACAAGACCCACCUGGUCACGAAGAACUUGUAAGGCCAACUGAGGCGGGAGGCCCUGAAGAUACAGUCCCCCGUCUGUGUCCUGCCUGGGCCCCUGGUGGAAAGGAGGCUCCGGGUGCCCUGGGCCACCCUCAGCCCCUCCCUUCUGUUCUGCGACCGGUCCCAUAGGAAGGGGCUCCGUCGCCCAGUGCUCACCUCCUUCUGAAGCCCCUUGGCUCUGCCCUGGCCCUUCCCUCUCACCUCGAGCUCCGGCCUGCCCAGACUGUGGACAGUGGCCGUGCCCAAUGAGACGUUCUAAACCAGGACGAAUGGGAACCCUUAUUUCCAAAGGAAAAACAUGAAUUUCACUCCGUCGAGGAGCAAAGUGAGCCCCCCCCCCGACCCCGUCCUCUCCCCCCAACACCGCCGGAGUCGCAUUGUGCCAUGCCCCUCUCUCUCCCUUCCCCGGCCCCGCCAGCCACCCAGGACGCCCCGGGACCCUGUCCCCAGGGCACGGCCGGCAUCCACCUCCCGGGAGGCUCACGGGGCUGCCUCACGCCACAUGCCACAUGCCCAGCCCUGCCACCGCCCUCCUCCAGCACAUUCCAACUUUCUAUUUAAAAAGUCGAGCUAUCCACUGAUGCCCUCUUUUUCUAUGGAGAACGUUGCCUUAUACUCUACUUCAGAUGAUGAACACUGUGUAUUGUGUGUGCUUUAAAGUUUUAUUUAAUUGCUCCCUUCUUCCUGUCCUCGUUACUUGCCUCCCCCACGCCUGCUUCAGUUGAGGGUUUGGGGGGCCAUGAGGAGCGUCGGGGUUUUUUCUCUCUCUAGCAGUUUUCUUUUCUAAAGGACACAGCAUUUCAACUCAAAUCUGGAUUCAGAUGAAAACACCUCCACCUCCUGAUCCUCUGCCCUCAACCCGCCCUGACCGGCCCCAGCCCUACUUGUGUAUAGUGUAUAUUGUAUAAUAGACAAUUGUGUCUACUACAUGUUUAAAAACAUAUUGCUUGUUAUUUUUGAGGCUUUUAAAUUAAACAAAAAUCCAACUUUAUUUUUAGUUGUAACUGCUUGAGGUAUGUUUUAUGAAUUAAGUGACAGAUUUGUUAUCCUUUAUUAACGAUGUACUUUGUUGGUCAGCACUGGGCUGACAAAAAUUUUUUCUUGCUAAUAAAUUUAGUUGCCUGAGGCAAAAUCUGCAA